AUGAAAAAAGAACGGCGGUGGGUGCCAGGAUACCUCAGACUCAUCAAUCUUUGCAUGGCGGGCGGCAUGCCACUGCAAAAAUGGAUCUCGAAUCAACAAGGAAUCCUACAGGAUCUUCAAUUAUCAACAAAAUCAACAUCGGCGGUAGAAUUCGAGGACAAGACGGUCAAAGUAUUGGGACUGUGCUGGAAUCCUCAUUCAGACAGCUUCAUCUAUAAAUCAAGGAAGCCAUCAACGGAACAAAUUAACAAAAGGACAAUCGUCUCAGAGAUCGCCCAGAUUUACGAUCCUCAGGGACUCAUCGGACCGGUCAUCAUCAGGGCGAAAAUCUUCAUCCAAGAGCUGUGGCUUCUCAAAAUUGGUUGGGAUGAUCCACUGCCCUUGAGUCACAUCAACCGUUGGAAAGAAUUCCGGGAGGAAUUCUCAAAUCUGGAUCAAAUAUCAAUCCCACGGUGGCUUCAAACAUCAUCGACUUCAAACAACAUCCAACUUCAUGGGUUUGCUGACGCAUCGAAUCAGGCAAUGGGUGCCGCAGUAUACAUCAGAGUGGACAAUCAUCAAUCUGAGCCAUCAGUCAUCUUGGUGAGUGCAAAAACCAAGGUCGCACCACUUAAGAAAAUGACAAUUCCUCGCUUGGAAUUGACAGCUGCUGUCAUCUUAACCAAUCUGGUAAUCUACAUUAGGAAGAUGCUGGAGAAAGAGAAUCUACAACUCUUUCUUUGGUCUGACUCCACGGUGGCGCUCACAUGGAUCAAUGGACACCCAUCAAGGUGGAAGGAUUUUGUUCAGAAUCGAGAGACAAAAUCCAGAACUCAUUACCAGCAGCUGAAUGAAAACAUAUCAGGGGAGUCGAGAACCCAGCAGACUGUGCAUCACGGGGAUUAUCACCAGAUCAACUUGUAA